AAAUGUCAUUGAAGAUGUACGAAUGAUGUGCUGUGCGACUUAAUAAUAACCUCUGUUUUUGUUGGUAACCUGUACGACUACAAGAAUAUUUGUCAAUUAUGACAGCAUGUUACAACAUAUCUUUGUUUUUGAUCGUGCCGCUAUAAGUUUCCAUUAGAGCAUGGCUGUCUCUCGCGCGGUCACAAUCAAUCUGGAAGAACCAGACGAUGUAUCCAAAUUAACAUUAAUGGAGAAAUGGAGGAAACACGUGGAGAAAAAAAGAAAGGAGGGUCAUGAUGCAAAAGUAGGAAUAUGCGUCGUCACAAGUCUCCUGGCCUUCCAAAUUCCAUCCCAGCUGAUCAUUUUCCUUUAUUACAUUAUUCCAACAUUGUUUAUCGAAUACAGUCCCUGGGUUCAAUAUUACCUGAAGGUCUUUAUUGUUUUUUGUUGCUUAGAAUUCUGUGCUAACUACCUGUGUGUUCGUCUGUAUGAUACAAUGUAUAGAACCACAAGAGACAACCCCCAACCAAAAGAAAUCCAUGAACGUUGGCGCAACCCUCCAGAAAAGUUUGUACCCCUGCACCCGAACAGAAAUGGAACCCCUAAUGGCCAUGUAGAGGACAACCAUGGGGGCUUACCAUGGACGUACUGUGAUGUAUGUGAACUGAAAAUCCCACCGAGAACACACCACUGUUAUUUCUGCAAGGCAUGCAUUCUAAAGCGUGACCACCACUGCUUUAUGGUUGGCACCUGUAUUGGACAUAAAAAUCAGAGGUACUUUGUAGUUAUGGCAUUCUGGACCAUGGUGUGUGGAUUGUUUGGUGGGGUCUUCACCUUCGUUUACAUUAAACACCUACACUGGCCGUUCGCACCAUGGACAGACUUUUUCCUUCCUCUCACAAUUUACAGGACCCUAUGGCACGGCAGCAUACCACUCCACAUUGGCCUCAUGAUCUAUCAUCUGCACAUGGAGUUUCUGUUUGGUGCAUUGGGAACAUUCUAUUUUAUAUCGCAGAUGUUGAUCAUUUCUCAAGGGAAAACUCUGUAUGAACUUACCAAAGAAGUGCCCGUUAAAAGCUCCAACUCGGUGAAUUCUAACUAUGUGUCGGUGUUUGUUUCCAACAUGGCGGUAGCCAGGAGCGUGAAAGUGGAGAUACCGACAAACGAAGCGGAAGAAGACGAACCGAGCACACUGAUGGGAAAAUGGCGGAAACUCUACGAGGAGAAGAAACGGGAGGGCCACCAGUCGCGGCGGAUGCUGUACCUGUGCUGGGCAUUGUGGGUAUUCCAGACGCCUACACAACCGUACAUGGCGUUCGCUCACAUCAUUCCAUACAUCAUGUAUGAGUUCACGGACUGGACUCAGUAUUAUGUUAAGGUCAUCUACAUAUUUUGUGUGAUUCAGACGCUAGGCAAUCUGGUGUGUGUCACGCUAUACAGUACACGCUAUGUGAAGACACGAGACAGGCCCGAGGCCCAGGAGGUGAGGGAGCGAUGGGAGAACGCCCCCGAUCAGUUCGGUUUACCAAUGGCGGAAGUUCCCAACGGGCACCUGCCGGAUAAUGGCGGAAUUCCGUGGUCUUACUGUGAUAAGUGUGAUAUGAUGAAACCGCCGAGAGCGCAUCAUUGCAAGGUGUGCAAAGCCUGCAUACUGAAGAGGGACCAUCAUUGUUUUGUUAUUGGGACCUGUGUAGGUCAUUAUAAUCAGCGGUAUUUUGUGGUUUUGACGUUUUACGCCACCAUUGUGGGAUUUGGCGGCGUUGUGCUGACUGCCUGCUAUCUGAGCAUGUUAUACUGGCCGGAAGCUGUGUGGACGGACUUCCUACUUCCUGUUGCUAUAUAUAGAGGGCUAUUUGGUGCGAUGAAAGGUUACAUCGCAAUUAUGAUUGUCCAUCUUUACACUGCGUCGUUUAUAGGACUCUUUGGACUGUUAUAUUUUACAUCUCAGCUAAUAAUAGUAACAAAAGGCGUGACGUUAUAUGAACUCGCCAAAAACGUACCAAUCAGGAACAACAAAUCCACCAAUGCCAACUUUGUGGAGGUGUUCGGGAACUUCUGGUUCUUAAACUUCAUUUUCCCGAUGACGAUUAUGUUCCCCCUGGAAAAUGACGGCACCACGUGGAAGGGCAUUAAACUGGAUCACAACAGUAACUAUCAGGGCUCUGACGUAGAAUAGAAGGCAUAGUGUAAAAUCUGGUCGUCUAAAACAUGAACGCCAUUAACGUGUAUAAAGUGCACGUCAUUUUAUCAGUUAGGAAUGCAAGAAUCAACAUUACGACAGAGUUUCCAUGUAUAAGAUGGAUGAGCUCAAACUAAUGUGUUCAAUUUGUAAGAUGUUGUAAAAAGUUGUAAGAUGUUGUAAGAAGUUGAGUUCGGUGCAAGACUUGUUGACGCUCAUUUUAAACUUUAUGGUUGAAUAGCAUGAUAUAACAUGAAACAAUAAAACGCUGAUACAUUUACCAAGAUAUAUAUCUUCCA